UAGAAGAACUCUAAGAUAUACCUCCUUGACCAAUUCAUAUUUCGGGGUUAAAACGUACGUACGGGAUCCAGAACGGAUAUCACCCACCCGACAGUUCACUGUUCGGUUGGUACGUAAUCCACAUGACUCAUAGGGUGGAUUAUCGAUUCUUGUGUUCUGCAUUAAACUAUUUAUAGUUUAAGGGCUUGGUAAACAGAAAGAUUAAUGUGAUCCUGGCGGCAGAUGGGGCGAGAUUGUCAGGAUGGAUGUGACAAGUUUUGAAAUGAUUUAUGAUAUGUCAAUAUUAAAUUCGCUUCCGCAAUAUUGUUAAAUACUCCGUACUGUAUAUGUUAUGAAAAAUAUUAUUGAGAUUAAUAAAUCCGUGCUCCUUCUAACCAACCAAUUCCUAACAAACCUCGAUUGAAACCAUUCAUCUCUGAGAUCAUGACGCUUUCGUCUAGAGUUUCCCAGAAAAUGGCCGGAAAUGAGUGGAUAAAUGGGUACCUGGAGGCCAUACUGGACAGCGGAGCGUCGGCGAUUGAGGUUGAGAACAAGGCGCCGCUGGUUAACCUCCGGGAUAGAGGGAUUUUCAAUUCGACCAAGUACUUUGUGGAGGAGGUUGUUACGGCUGUAGAUGAGACCGACCUUCACCGGACAUGGAUCAAGGUGGUGGCUACCAGGAACACUAUGGAGCGGAGUUCGCGCCUCGAAAACAUGUGCUGGCGAAUCUGGCACCUCACUCGCAAGAAGAAACAGUUGGAAUUGGAAGUUUUCCAAAGGUUGGCGAAUAGAAGAUGGGAACAGGAACAAGGACGCAAAGAUAUGACAGAGGACGACAUGUCUGAAGACCUGUGCGAGGGAGAGAAGGGUGGCGAUGUGUCUGGGGAGACAAUAACAACAACACUUGAUAGUCCCAAGACGGAGUUCAAGCGAAACCUGUCCAAUUUGGAAACAUGGUCGUCACACACAUUGCAGGGGAAAAAGCUUUAUAUUGUUCUCAUAAGGUUUGCAUAUACUCCGUAUGUGGGUUCUUGCAGAUACAUUUCUUCAUAAAAAGGAAAUCUGUGCCUUUAUUCGAUGAAUUGUUGAAUUAAUGCUAUUGGUGGAAGUAGGUUGAAAUGUAGUAAUCAAAGAUAAAAUCUUUAAUUAUUAACAUUAAGUGUGUGCUUAUGAUCUCCUUGCCGAUUAGUUUGCAUGGUUUGGUUCGUGGCGAAAAUAUGGAGCUUGGUCGUGAUUCUGACACUGGUGGUCAGAUUAAAUAUGUAGUGGAACUUGCCAAGGCACUUGCAAAGAUACCUGGAGUUUAUAGGGUUGAUCUGUUCACUCGUCAAGUCUCAUCACCAGAAGUAUAUUGGACUUAUGGUGAGCCUACAGAAAUGUUGAAUUCUGAUGGUGACAGUGGUGCAGAUAUGGGAGAAAGUAGUGGGGCGUAUAUUAUAAGAAUACCCUUUGGUCCUCGUGACAAAUACCUUAGAAAAGAGCUGUUGUGGCCUUAUAUACAGGAGUUUGUGGAUGGAGCUUUAACGCACAUCCUGAAUAUGUCUAAGACACUAGGCGAGCAGAUUGGCUAUGGGCAACAACCUGUUUGGCCAUAUGUGAUUCAUGGUCACUAUGCAGAUGCUGGGGAUAGUGCAGCUCUUCUUUCGGGGGCUUUAAAUGUUCCCAUGGUGUUAACUGGGCAUUCGCUUGGAAGAAACAAGCUUGAGCAGCUUUUGAAACAGGGAAGACAAUCCAAAGAGGAUAUCAAUUCAACUUAUAGGAUCGUGCGGAGGAUUGAGGCAGAAGAGCUUUCACUUGAUGCUGCGGAGCUUGUUAUCACAAGCACUAGACAAGAAAUUGAUGAGCAGUGGGGGUUAUAUGAUGGGUUCGAUGUCAAGCUCGAGAGAGUUUUGAGGGCCCGUGAAAGACGUGGGGUCAAUUGCCAUGGUCGUUAUAUGCCUAGAAUGGCGGUUAUUCCUCCUGGAAUGGACUUCAGCAAUGUUGUUGUUCAAGAAGAGGCAGCUGAAAUGGAUGUCGAACUUACAUCACUUACUACCUCAGACGGAUCAUCUCCUAAAGCAAUGCCUGCCAUUUUGUCAGAGGUAAUGCGUUUUCUUGUAAAUCCACACAAGCCAAUGAUUCUGGCAUUGUCAAGGCCAAACCCAAAAAAGAACUUAACCACUUUGGUAAAGGCAUUUGGAGAAUGCCGCCCCUUACGCGAGCUAGCUAAUCUUACUCUUAUAAUGGGAAACAGGGAUGAUAUAGACGAAAUGUCUGCUGGGAAUGCUAGUGUGCUCACAACAGUUCUUAAGCUAAUUGAUAAGUAUGAUCUGUAUGGACUAGUGGCCUUCCCAAAACAUCACAAGCAAAGUGAAGUCCCUGAUAUAUAUCGCAUGGCUGCAAAAACGAGGGGGGUAUUUAUAAACCCAGCUUUCAUCGAGCCAUUUGGACUUACACUGAUUGAGGCUGCAGCACAUGGACUCCCCUUGGUUGCAACUAAAAAUGGCGGCCCGGUUGAUAUUAUUCGGGCACUGCAGAAUGGUUUGCUUGUAGACCCUCAUGAUCAGCAAGCAAUUGCUGAUGCACUUCUAAAACUAGUAUCAGAAAAGAAUCUGUGGAUGGAGUGUCGGAGAAGAGGUUGGAAGAACAUACACCUGUUUUCAUGGCCAGAACAUUGUCGCACGUAUUUGACAAAGAUAGCUGCAUGUCGCAUGAGACACCCGCAGUGGCAAACUGACACUACAACAGAGAAGUUGGCUGCAGAAGAGUCGUUCCUAAAUGACUCACUCAAAGAUGUACAAGAUUUGUCCUUGAGAUUAUCAGUGGAUGGUGAGAAAACAUCGUCCCUGAAUGGAUCCUUUAGUACCACCUCUGCAGUUGUCAGUGAUAACCCAUCAGAAAUUCCAGACCAGGUGAAGCUGGUUUUAAGCAAAAUACAGAAGAAAUCAGAUGGAGGAGGAGACACUCAUCAGAAUCACGAUGAAGCAGAAAGGAAAGACGAUGGCGUACCUAGCAAAUAUCCCAUGUUGAGACGGCGAUGCAAAUUGAUUGUCUUGGCCUUGGAUUGCUAUGAUUGUAAGGGACAACCGGAAAAGAAAAUGCUUAAUAUCAUACAAGAGGUGAUAAAGGCUACUAUGGUUGGUUCACAGGAUGGGAGAUUAUCAUCAUCUGGAUUAGCUAUAUCAACUGCCAUGCCAGUGUCAGAGUUGAUAGAGUUUCUGAAAUCAGGUAACCUUAAAGUCACCGAUUUUGAUGCUCUAAUAUGCAGCAGCGGCAGUGAAGUUUAUUAUCCAGACAUGGACAGCAAAGUUGCAGAUGGGAAUCCUCCUGUUCCAGACCCCCAUUAUGCUACGCAUAUUGAAUAUCGAUGGGGGGGCGAUGGAUUAAAGAAAACUCUUUGGAAACUAACUAAUGCAAGAGAAGGUGAGAAUUCAGGAUCAACACUACCACAUGUUGAAGAGGAUGUGAAAUCAAGCAAUCGUUAUUGUUUAUCCUACUUGAUCAAAGAUCUCAGCAAGGCAAGGAAAGUAGAUGACCUAAGACAUAAGCUGAGAAUGAGGGGCCUUCGGUGCCAUCUUAUGUACUCUCGGAAUUCCACAAGGAUCCAAGUAAUUCCUUUCCUUGCUUCUCGAGCUCAGGCACUUAGGUACCUCUUUGUACGAUGGAGAUUGAAUGUAGCGAACAUGUACGUUAUUCUUGGUGAAACUGGAGACACGGACUACGAGGAAUUGAUAGCAGGGGCCCACAAAACCUUGAUCCUGAAGGGUGUAGUUGAGAAAGGCUCAGAAGAGCUACUAAGAACAUCGGCCGCCGGCAGCUACCUUAAAGAGGACAUAGCCCCGCAAGAAAGUUGCCUUGUUGUCCAUGGCGGGGUUGGGGAUGCAUGGGCGGAACCGAUUGCUAAUGCAUUAGGACAGGUGUCUAGAAGAACAGUUAUGUGAUCACAAGAAUGGUAAUGCUGUUUAUGAGAAUCAAGACAUUUUUGAAGUAAUAAUUGGCAAAUUAAACCUUCACGUUUGUU